AUGCAUGGUGAUCCAAGGAUUCUCUCAUCUUAUUCAAAUAAGAGAUUUCAUAGCCGUUUGUUUCUUAAUGCAACUUCAGGAACACACAUUUCUUUCGAUAAGGAUACUAAUGUAGGAGAGAUCUUAUUUUACAAGUUAGUCUCCACAAACAUUGUGCUUCCAUCAGCAGCUCCACUUCUCAGAGGAUAUGCCAAGGUUGAGACUCUGACCAUAUCUAAGCUGGAUGAAUUUGUCAUCACUGCUUCAUCUCAGACUGUUGAGUUCCUUUGCAAAGCCAAAUUCAGUGAAUUUGAGACAAGCAAUGGAUGGUACUACUUCUCCUCUUCUAAGUGCUAUCAAAAGCUACAGCAGGGUUUCACAUUACAUGUUCAAGAUUAUGCGCUUAGAUAA